AUGCGAAUUACCUUCUCUCGAGAUGGAAACCUCGCGAUUGCGAUCUCCCUUAGGUUUAACCCUGCCCAAUUCCUCGACAAAACCUAUACACAGUAUAAAAACAGGAUGAAGAUCUUGAGGAGUAAGUACCAAAGUUUGGCAGAUCUUCUUCGUUUUAGUUCUGGUUUUGGGUGGGACCCUGAAACGAAAAGAUUUACCGCAAGCGAUGAAGUAUGGAAUACCUAUUUGCAGGCUCAUCAGGGUAAUGCACAUCUGCGUAAUGAAUCGUUUGAAGACUUUGAGGAGCUAAGAAUUAUCUUUAGUCAAACUACAGCAACUGGGAAGAAUGCUGUGGGAUUAGGUGAUGCUGCAGUAUUAGGUGAUGCCGUCAUAGAAGAUGGUGAAGACACCAAGGUGAUAUAUUCCGUCCAAGUGUUGUAUGAUGCAGCAGGUGUAAUACACGAGCAAGCAUCUAUACAUGAGGUUUUAUCUGCAAGAGAAAAGCUUCCUCCGAGAAAAAAAUCUAGAACAGAUGCAUACAACUCGAACAAGGUUGGUGAUGAAGUGACAGAAAUCAGUAGCCAAAUAUUUGGCAUGAUUCAGAAAAGAUGGGAAAAAGAAGCUGAAGAGAAAGAAGCUGAAGACAAAGCUAACAAUGUUUGGGAUGCUAUCAAAGAAGUACCUGAUUUGGAUGAUGAUUUGCGUUAUGACUUAUGA